AUGCCGGCUCCUGUGAACCCAAGCGUGUACCCGACGGCGAAGCGCGAUGAGACAGUGUUUGAUGACUAUCAUGGAACUCGGGUGGCCGAUCCCUACAGAUGGAUGGAGGAUCCAGACGGUGAAGCCACUCAAAAAUGGGUCGACGAGUUAAACGGUGUCUCUGAGCCGUUCAUCAAAAAAGCCCCGUCACGAGAGAAAAUGCGGGAAAAAUUGACGGCCACUUGGGAUUACGAGAAGUUCACCAAUACGAGCAAGCGAGGACAGUACUACUACUUUUGGCACAACACCGGUCUUCAGAAUCAAUAUGUUAUUUAUCAAUCGACGAAGCCUGAAGAAAAAGGAAAGGUGUUUUUGGAUGUGAACAAGUUGUCGGAAGACGGGACGACCUCGAUUCGGAUAGGAACUUGGAGUGAAGACGGGAAAACGUACGCCUACGGAAUCUCGGAGAAAGGAUCCGAUUGGAUGACAAUCAAGUUCCGCAACAAUGAUGGCACUGAUCUACCGGAUGUGAUCUCAGGCGUGAAGCACUCUGGAUUGGAUUGGAUGCACGAUGGAAGUGGGGUGUUCUACUGUCGAUACCCGGAUCAUAAGGGCGCUGAAGUUGGGACUUCUGUUGAGAAGCACGAGUUUCACUCACUAUAUUUCCAUCGGAUGGGCACUGAUUCGAAAGAUGAUGUGCUUGUUUAUGAUGAUCGAAGGAAUCCCGAUUACAUGAUUGGAAGCAGCUUAUCUGAAGACGGUCGUUUUCUAUUCUUGGAUAUUUCCCGUGGCUGUGAUCCCUACAAUAUGCUCUACUAUGUCGAUCUCGAGAAGAAUGGUCCUAUCAAGGGAAAACUCGACUCUACUCCACUCUUCGAUAAACUUGACGCAAAAUAUUCUUUCAUCGACAAUACCGGGGACGAUUUCCUGAUCCAAACAAACAAAGAUGCUCCGAUGUACAAGCUAAUUCGGAUCAAUGCAAAGGAUCCAUCAAACCAAGAAGUGGUCAUCGAAGAGAAUAAGAAGAACAAAUUGGAAUGGGCAUCACCGUGUGCGAAUGAUCGAUUGCUUGUGUGCUAUCUGGAGGAUGUCAAGACCACUCUCUAUGCACAUGAUCUUAAAACGGGUGAUCAGCUCUACCAAUUCCCGCUUGAUAUUGGAACGAUCAGUGGUUGUUUCGCGAAGAAGGACGAGACCGAGAUGUACCUCUCAUUUGAAUCAUUCUUGACUCCGACAGUCGUCUAUGCAUUGAACUUCAAAGAUGUUCCUCUCGAGAAAGCACCGGAGAUCAAGCUUCUACGACAAACUACAUUGAGUGGAGUCAAUCUGUCGAACUUCGAGACUCGACAAGUCUUCUUCAAUAGCAAAGACGGCACAAAGGUUCCAAUGUUUAUCGUUUCAAGAAAGGAUCUCGUUUUGGAUGGCAAUAACCCAACUUUACUUAAUGGAUACGGUGGCUUUAAUAUUUCGGAUCUCCCGGCGUUCUCUGUUACUCGACUUUGCUUUGCUCAGGGCUUCAAUGGAGUUGUGGCUGUUGCGAAUAUUCGGGGAGGAGGUGAAUACGGAGAAGAUUGGCAUAAAGGUGGAAUGAAAGGGAACAAGCAAAAUGUGUUCGACGACUUCCAAGCCGCCGCUGAAUACUUGUUGGAGAACAAGUACACCAAUCCAACAAAACUGGCAAUUCAAGGUGGUUCAAAUGGAGGACUCUUGAUGGGAGCUUGUUCCCAGCAACGCCCUGAACUCUAUGGUGCGGUGAUCAACAGAGUUGGUGUCCUUGACAUGCUUCGCUUCCACAAGUUCACAAUCGGCGGUGCUUGGGUGCCCGAAUUUGGAAAUCCAGAUGAGAAAGAGGAUUUCCCCUAUAUCUACAAGUACUCACCACUACACAACAUCGCUUUCCCGAAAGCCGGCCAAUGGCCAUCGACUCUCUUGAUGACAGCUGAUCACGAUGAUCGAGUUGUGCCCUCACACACGCUCAAGUACAUGGCUGAGCUCUAUCACAAGGCAAAGCAACAUCCGGAUCAACAAAAUCCCCUUCUUGCUCGCAUUGAAGUAAAAGCUGGACACGGAGCCGGGAAGCCCACUAGCAAAAUUAUCGCCGAAUACGUAGACAUUGAAUACGCGAAGAGUGAUGCAAUAAAUGAUGAUCAAUUGCAUACAUUGUCGGAAAUUUUGUACUAUGUUUAUGACAUUUCAACGAUUUCUCUUCAUAUCACGACUUUCGUGUUGACUGUCAUCGGUUUGAGGAGAGGAUUUUACAUGAUGUCAUUGUCGUUUCCCGCAUAUCUGAUCUCUGCGAUCGACGAUAUGCUCCAAAUGUUCACGCACGGGAUUUUAACUGAUGAAACUGUUACGCGUCAAUUUGGCUUUGUUGAUAUCACCACUAUCCACAAAUUCACAAUCGGCGGUGCUUGGGUGCCCGAAUUUGGAAAGCCAGAUGAGAAAGAGGAUUUCCCCUAUAUCUACAAGUACUCACCACUACACAACAUCGCUUUCCCGAAAGCCGGCCAAUGGCCAUCGACUCUCUUGAUGACAGCUGAUCAUGAUGAUCGAGUUGUGCCCUCACACACGCUCAAGUACAUGGCUGAGCUCUAUCACAAGAUCAUUUGCAUCACUUUAUCGAUCACUCAUUUCAUCGCUGAUCUUGUAUCGACUUUGAUUCUCAUUUUGGAUUACUAUCGAGAUGAUAAUUCAACGUUGAGCAUCUACUCUCAUUCAUUUGAUCCAGAGAAACGUGGAGCGAUUACUUUUAUAAUGCAAUUCUUCUACUAUGCG